GGAAUUCCCUACACGCUUCCGCCAGUGCUAAAAAAAAGUAGCCAUCUUAAUUUAUCAAUUCUGUGGGCAAUGCAGGAUUUUUCCUUUUAAUUUAUUCAAACAUUGCGUUAAGUCGACAUCAGUAUGCCAAAAAAGAAACAGAGGUCUAAACAAAAUGGCAGAGAGCUUGACAGCAUUACCCUGAGUAUGGAAUCGGAUGAAUCAUAUCCAGGACUUCCAAGAAGACCAACUUUACAGACCUCAAAAUACUAUAAACUUGUUCUGAAGAAGAGAAGAACAUAUCUUAUAAACAAUUUGGACUUGGAAUCCCAUGUUAUUCUUCUGGAUCAUCUUGUAGAAAAUGAUGUUAUUACUAAAGACCAGUAUGAUCACAUCAAAGACAAGAAAGGGAGGGAAAGAGUUGCUAAACUUUUGGAUGCACUCUCCAUGAAAGACACACAGGCCUUCUUUGCCUUUUUAAACUUACUGAGAGAAACUGGAGAUGACUUUAUAGCAGAUGAACUGAUUGAUUUGUGCCAACGAAAUAAUCUUUCCAUUCCAGUGGAAAUGAAACCCUUACAUAUACAGAAUCAUCAGGAAAGUAUGCAUACCAGUACUAGUACAAGCACAGAAUUUAGUAGCUCAUAUUUUGUAAGUUCACAGGAAUCUGGUGGACCCAUUCACGAGACUGUUCGCCGAAGACACCCAAAAGCUGACAUGCAGAAUCCCUCAACCAGGGCUGAUUUUCCUCCUAGUCAUGUGCACAUACCUGAGCCAUUCUCCAGUCCUACUGGCUAUCACAAACCCCCUGAUAUAGUUGAGGACUUUGUAAAAUGUCAGCAUGGCAGGGCACUUGCUAUAUGUUUUUACUGUGUUCCUGAUCAAUCUUUCCUAACACGGGGUUUGAGAAUGAUAAAUGAUAAUCGCAGUGUCAACAGUUGUGGGGAGUUUAAAAUUAUUCUUCUGGGAAAGUCGAAUGCAGGCAAGAGUUCUUUGCUGCACGGCUUUUUGUUCUCCAACUUCAAGCAUGUUCUCCCAACUGUUGGCUUAGAUGAACAAGCACGCACCUUUGAAUAUAAGGGAAAAAGAUACACUUUUGUAUUCCAUGAUACUGCAGGACAGGAGUUAUAUGAUGGAAUAACAGAAAAUUAUGUGAGGGAUGCACACGGUGUUUUGUUUGUGUAUGAUGUAACCGAGGAUGAGAACAAGGUUCGAGCUUCUCUACAGAAGUGCUCUUCCUGGAGGAAAAAAAUAGAUUUAGAUCAAACUGUCUUUCGGCUGGCUGGUAAUAAAACAGAUAUUGCAACCACAGAAGGACAAGACAUAGCAGUCAGAACAAUAAAGGAAUUUCAAAAUCUUACGACUAUUAGAUCCAACUUUACUUCAGCUGUUACAGGGUUUCAUGUUGGGGAUAUCUUCUACAAUAUUGUUCUAGAUGUGAUCAGUAACUUCGAAAAAGGUCUUCAAAGUCAUAGAGGUUCUUCUGUGAAGCUCAGUAACCCAGCACGAAGAGAAAGACAACGUACUGGAUGUUGCUAAUAAAAAAAAGAGGACACUGCAAGACACAUGAACUCACAACUUGCAGAACCCACAUGUGCCAAUAGAAGGUGUUAAACAGGGGUCUUCUUUCAUUUGAUUGAGAGCUGCUGCUCAAGUCAUAGUAGCAUACUGUUUGAUUCCACAAACUUUUUACCAGAGGAAUGACAAAUUGGCAAAAGAAAAAAAAAA